CAACAAUGACUUCCACGAGGUGCUGCCCCGCAUCAGGGGGAUAUCAAAUGACGUUGCGAGGCCGGGAUGGUGAAUCCUUCAGCACAGGCGGGAACUCAAUAACCGAAACACGAUGUUAGCAAGCAAUAGCGGCAUCCCUUGGACAUCGUCAGUUUCCUUGCCAAAGCUGAGUGUUGAGAAUUACUUACUUUAGAUCACUACUUGUUCGCCCCUCGUCUUUGCUGAUUCCUUCUGUCCUUUCACCAUCUCCAGCUGCAGAUAAUGGACGAGCCCGAGGAUGCCGCAGUAUGCCAGGAGAUAGCACAUCCAUUGACUGCUGGUUGGCUGUAUCAUAGCAAGUGGUUCGAGCAUUGUGGUGGUAGUUUGGACUUUUAGUUUUUGAUAACAAUCUCUCGCUGACUGUAUGUCCGAUCUGUGGUUUGAGAUACAGGGUCUUGAUCUCCUCUCGGCCCCCGUCCAGUGUUCGAUAUUUAUAAUUUAACCUACCGCCAUGAGCCGCUGAUCGCCAUGCUUAUUACACUCCAGGUGACAAGGCUGAGAAGACGGGUGCAACCUGCAUGGCUAAGGCUGAGGGGGCCAUGACCAUCUAUAGCCCCCACAGCCAUCGCCCUGACUACCUUACCCUGCCUCUCCCGGACUUACUGUCUACAAACGUCAUGUAUCAGCUCCGUGCCUAUUCUAUGAACAUGCUGACUGGGUCGCUGUUGCAAUAAGUUAGAAGCCAGAGAGCACCGAGUCGCAUACUUCUCUCAUUAUCCCUGACCCUGACUCGUCUAGUAUUUCUCGCCUACAGUAUUCCUAGCCUUGGUAUUCUACUGCCUGUUUUCCGCAGAUAAUGGCUUUAUUAAAGCACUCAUAUACGCCGGUCCUCAAGAGAAUACCCCCAAGUUAAUUACCAUUUUUUAGACUCUCUGUCUCCCUUGGCUAGAGUUGGUACAUGUAUAUUGAACCUUCAACACUUUGGACAAGAAUGCUCUCUAGACUUGGAUGGACAGAGUUCGCAUUAUGCAUUCUCCUACCACUCUAUCUACUAUACCUCGUACAAAGGUGGAUUGCACUAAGGGUUUCUAUUAAGAUACCUCCAUUGGGCUGGUCUAAGGUGCCUUACAUUGGACACUCUCUGUCCUUCCUUCGAGGAGGAGCUGAACUGCACUCAAUGUUCGAGUGAGUAAUCAUUAUGACCGCCCAUAGAUUCAUACAUGCUAAUCAUUAACUACAGGCCAUAUCGCAAGACUACAACCCCCAUCCAUUUUAACAUAUGUGGAACCGACCUGUUUCUUAUAAAUUCACCCGAAAUUGUCAAGAAAAUUGCCAACAAGCCUCACAUAUUCACAGAAGGUGCUCUGCGGGGUGAUUUUGCUUUAAAGGUUCUUGAUCUCCCUAAGAGCGCUGCUCAAGUACUAGGCAAUGACAACUCUGGGUCUGCUCUCCGGCCGUUACCUGGAAGCUCUCUACCACCAGAGAGACGCAUCGUAAGAAUGCAGCAUGAAACGACAUUUAACCUAUUAACGUCUCCAUCCGGUAUACAUAUGUUUGUUCUUCAGUUUACCAACUUCAUGGAGAAGUUGAUCCUUUCUAAUGGGAUAGGAGAGCAAUGGGUCGAACUACCUGAUUUAUUUCAUUUUAUUCAAAACCUUACCUCUACAGCCAUGAUGAAUGCUCUCUGUGGCCCUCGUCUCGUUGGAAUGAACUCCGACUUCGUCAACGAAUUCUGGACUUUUGAUCUCAACAUUCAUUACCUCAACCUAGGUAUUGCUCGAUUAUUUAGGCCUGAAGGUGUCAAUGCUCGCGAUAGAUGCAUCAAAGCUCUUAUAGAGUGGAAGAAAAAUGCCAUCCAAGACUCAGUGGACAAAGACUACCCUGAAUCAUUGCUUUGGGAUGAAACUUGGGGAUUCAAGAUUAUGCGAGAUAGAGAUGAUAUGUAUAGUCGUUUCCCCGAAUACUGUAACGACCAGGCUCGUGCAGGUGCUGAUCUAGGUAUUCUCUGGGCGUAAGUAACCCAUCCCAACCCUUCAUGAUUAUAUAUAAUGGGUCUCUAGGACUAAGUUUGGCCUAGAUGCAACGAUAACCUCAUUCCUGUCGGCUUUUGGCUAGUCCAAAGAAUUCUAAACUCUCCUAGCUUACGGGAACGUUUUAUGAAAGCAUUUGAUAACGCAAGGCUGCCCUCACAACCAGGAGACAUCCUCCCUCGUUUCAAUACACAUAUUCUAGCAAAGACCCCUUUUCUUCAGUCUACAUAUCAUGAAGUUCUACGGACUCAAGUGACCAGUUUCACAGCACGCACCGUUCGUGAAGACUGCCAAAUAGGAGAAUAUAUGUUUCCUAAGGGUUCCGUCAUCCUUUCAUCCUCAUGGGGUGUCCACAACAACCCGGGUCUCUGGGAAUCUCGGCCUGGCGCACAGGAACAUCCUGUGGAAGAGUUCUGGCCGGAACGAUUCCUUGUUUGUCCGUAUGAGAGGGCGGCAAGGGAAGGAAAGUCUUUCCCUGAAUCUGAAAAAGACCCAGAAUUUUCAUUGAAGGGACUGGAUGGCACGUUCUUCCCCUUUGGAAUGGGCCACAAUGCAUGCCCAGGCCGUCAUUUUGCUACCCAUGCAAUCCUUAAUAUAGCGGCUACAAUGCUGUCUGUAUUCGAAUUUGAGCCCAUUGAUACCUGGGCAGGUGAGGGCAUGGACUACACGACAUUCGGGUAUACACCCGCUAGGCCGUUGAAGAAGAUACCCUUCAGAAUACGGCGGAAGUUACUCCCAGUGGUGGUAAAAGAUGGAUGCCGCUGUUAGAGCCCCAAUCUUGUCCUCCGUUCGAGUCUUCGGCUCGUUUUCCCAGGCCAGCGAUUAUGAUAGUGGUAUUACCGAUGCUCAGUCUAUUCUACUCUAAAAGCAACUGGGUGGAGCAGUAUAAGUAUAGUUAUUAGUUACGUACCGCAGGCCAUCCACUGCUUUCUAGCACAAGCAGUUUCGAGACUACUUGAAGUGCAAAUAUUUUAACAUAUAAAAACUCUUGUGUGUAUACAUGGCUAGAUUUCAUAUUCCAUCGUUAGAUAUAUCGAGAAAUGAAGAUAACAGAGUCUGCAAUAAAUCUGGUCAACAGUUCAAAUAGUAAUGUCCCUCCUUACUAUUGGAUUCAUAGGUGAUGACAUUGGACACGACAUAGUGUGGCUUACAUCGUUUUUGAGCAAAGCCGGAUAGCACCGGACUUGGAGCCUCAGCUGAAAUAAUGUUCUUUUAGUGCCAUAUUCCGUCCAACGAUUCCAGAAUGUCGGUAUCAAACCCUCUAAAGCACGUAAAAGGCAGUUCAGGAGGUGUCAAAUCCCGCCACGGCAAGAUCCUCUUUCUGCUCUUGAGAUAAAGUUUGAUUACUGCUUAUCAUCCAAAUUCCUUCACGGUAUCGGCCGUUUUAGUCCGUACGGUUUGUCCGGUUUAUCAUUAAUUCCGUGGGGAGGAAAAUGACUUAUCGGUACUCCGUACAUGUUGAGGUAUAGAUAUUGACGUAUCCGAGAAGCGAUUGUCUUCUGGGAAUUUUGGAGUAUGUAUUCCUUUAAAAGGGCUGCUUCGUGCUGGUCAACUGCAUUUUGAUUUGUUCCGUCGUUUUCUGACGUGAAAACAAGCACUAGGUAGAUCUUCAUGAUGUUAAUAACGCUCCAAAUCCUCGGAUCAACAACCCCUUGGCGAAAUUUAUGGCUGGAAACACCCUUUUUUUCCCCGUAACCGCGAAGAUCACCAACCCUAGUCCGAAGAGGAAAGACGCAUGUUUUAUUCCCAUACUAGCACUAAACCACAGACUGAAACAUUACUGCCUGCACGAUAGUAAAUUAAGCAACGCGUCAAUUGAAUAUGACGUCUUGUGAUAUGAUUCAUAACCACUGAACCCUUGCUGGAGUCGACCAGCAAAUCAUGACAACGAUCCUUUGAGACGCAGGGUAUCGUGGUAACAGUUUUCAUUAUCAUAUCCUGAAGGAAAGCAAGAUUUCUCUCAGGAAAAUGGGAUCAAAUGAUAUUAUCACCCUGAAUUAACGCCUUGAAGGAGUCAGCCCGGCGGCUGUGCUCCGAAACCUAGGCCAGGUCGUCAGGACAUUGAAUAUCUAGUGACAAGGAACGUAUUCCAAGCCCCAUUCAUGAAUGAUUAUUCGGAUAUUCCAGUUUCCAUACAGGUCAUGAUCGUGAAGCAGUUGGAGGAAAUCAAGGCGAUAGAAAGAUUCCACAUUCGGUGGGUCAGUGGUGUUUUGGAGUGUCUGUAUUAGAUAGUUGUAAGAAACUAGAAGCUGUCACCUGCCGAAUUUCCAAGCCUAGAAGGAUGCUGUUGUCUUCGCAAAAUGCCAAAAUAUCAUAUCAUCUCAUGAUGAAAGAAUUCGUGAGAUAUCCGAGGUCUGUAGAUUCUUCUCCUCUGCGGCUGAUUCCUGUCGUUAGUAAUCUCGUUCUCAAGGGGGCUAUGAACCAAUGACAGCCCCUGAGAGUUGUAUAGCUUAGCUGUAUAGAGAUAUUGCAGAUAUGGAAUCGCCCAGUGAACAGUUUUAAAGAAUGAUACUACCGGGUUUGCCCGGUAUUGCGAACAAACAGCCAUAAAACGUCCUUUUUGGGAUAGCCCUCGUCACUUAUUCCCUGCACCAUUCAAGCAGCAUUUUCAAAUGGAAUCAUGGUGUUGCUGAGCUCAUCCUACGCUGGGUCAGGAGGAUCAAGCAAGGUGCAGGGAAUCGGGAGUGAUUGGACGGCCGGCCGGGUGGGUAUCCAGGCUGACGCACCGGGUAUAACUGGUUCGAUGUCCACUACUGAGAAACUCUUCGGGAGUUUGGAACACAAUGGGUUAACGGAAUUAAAGAACGAGGAUGGCACUCGCCGGUAUCUGGAGUCUUGAUAACGAU